GAUAAAAAAGAAUUAGUGGAGCUUUUACUCAAGGCAAAGUUCUAUGGCGAAUGCGAGCGCCAUAAUCACAGAAAGUGCAACUUCUUCUGCGUAACUUGCAAGGGCGCCAUGUUAUGUGAUUUGUGCACCAACAAUUCAGAUUGUAAGCACAAGAGUCACUUGGUCUUUCAGGCAUAUAAAGCUUCGGAGUACGAAACACUGAAAAUCAUGGUUAUUGGGGAGUACUUGAACAUCUCACAUAUUCAGCUUUACAAGAUCAAUUAUUUGGAUGUUGUUUACAUCAAGGCAAGGCCAAUGAGGGGACAAACUUUGAGCAAUAGAGAUGUGCCAAUUUGUGAAGAAUGCGGACGAGAAUUGGUGAUACAGCAAGAAGGAGGUUCUAGUUUCAAGUUUUGUUCCAUUGAGUGCAAAUAUAUGAGCAACGCUUGUAGUCUGUUGGACUGCAUAGAAGAAGAAGACAAUGUUAGGAAGGUUGAGAUGGUCGACAACAUCGAUAAAGGCAGCAGAAAGAGAGUGUAUGUUGACAAGGAAAUCAUUAGCAAACGUAAACAUAGAAGGAAAGGAGUGCCUAGGCGAUCUCCUUUGUUUUAGAUAAUAUUUAUUUUUAUUAACGACUAUAGUAUUAUGUUUAACAUUCUUUUUUUAUUUUUCGGUUCACAAGGUGUAAUUUUUUUUAUUUUUUC